ACUCUCUCCCUCUUUUUCUCCCUUGAGCUAGUGGGAUGUUUUUCUUUCGUAUGAGAAAUGGGAAAAGCUCCUGAACUGGAACUCAACAUCAUUGUUGAAGAAACAAAAGAAGCAACCUCAGUGGAAUAUACAACUAGCAAGAAGCUAACGAGCAGUGAACCCAAAAACUUCUGGUGGUGGCUCUGCAUGGUUGUUUAUACAGUCUUUGCAAUCUUUGGCCAGUCAGCAACCACAGUCUUGAGUCGACUGUUGUAACAUCCCCUUUAGAGAAAUCAUAGGUCCAUCAAGUAGGGAGAUGUAUUGCACAGCUAAGUAAAGAAAAAUACAAAAGAAAUCUGUGA